CACGGCCAAUCCGGUUUAAGUGUCAUACAGCGUGACGGCCGCUGCAGGGCGCAGCUCCGUCACUGCAGGCUGGAAACCAACCGGGAGCGGAGACGCGCAGAGCAUCUCCAUCGUCCGCAGUCUCCUUCUCAUCCUGCCUGCCUGCCUGCCUGUCUGCCUGCCUGUCUGACUGACUGACACAUCACUGCAUUGAUCAAAACUGACCAACUCCAACCACUGACAGCACGGGAGCAACAACAGCAUGUGAAUGGCGGCAGAAAGCGGCAGAGUUGUUACAGAGGAGCAGGAGGAGCUCCCAGCCUCUGGAGCCGUCACUCACGUGCACCACACACACACCCGGAGUCAGAGCCACAUCCAGUUUCAGCCUCUGACACACACCCCCCAGUGGCAGGCUCCUCGUACUCUCGCUCACACGAGGAGUCACAGUCACACUCACUUCAACACUCCCUCGCACACACAGUCGCAGAAGUACGGCUGUCGCCUCACACACAGUCUCUCAGCCAUGGCCAAGGGAGAGAAGGGAGCGCAGGGCCCUGCAGGGAAGCUCAUCAAGCCAACCGAACCGCUGUUCCCCAAACCUCCUCAGCAGACUGAUUUGGGCCAGAAGUUGACAUUAUGCAGUAAGCUGUGUUUCGCCAUCGGCGGCGCGCCCAAGGAGGUGGCCGCGAGCGCCACCGCCUUCUUCCUGCAAAUCUACCUGCUCGAUGUCGCUCAGAUCAACGCCUUCCAGGCCUCCAUGGUGCUGUUCAUCGGUAAAGCCUGGGGUGCGGUGAGCGACCCUGUUGUCGGAUUCCUCAUUACAAAGAGCAGAUGGACCAAGAUUGGCAGACUCAUGCCCUGGAUGGUGGGAUGCACUCCGUUUCUGGUGGUCUCCUACUUCUACCUCUGGUUUGUUCCUCCAUUCAUCAGCGGAAGGUUCUUCUGGUACCUAGGCUUUUACUGCCUCUACCAAACCCUCAUCACUUGCUUCCACGUGCCUUAUUCUGCUCUCACCAUGUUCCUGAGCACGGACCAGAAGGAAAGAGACUCAGCCACUGCUUACCGAAUGACAAUGGAAGUGCUGGGGACGCUCGUGGGCGCUGCCAUCCAAGGCCAGAUUGUGGCCAGUGCUCACACUCUGAAGCACUGCCCGCCUCACAACAUGUCUGCCGGUUACCUCGGCAACAGCAGCGGGGCAGAGAUCGUCACCAGACUGGUGCGCUCCCAGGACUACCUGUCACACUCGAAGAAGGUGUACAUGAUAGCUGCUGGCGUCGUGGGAGGAGUGUUCCUCGUCUGCACGCUGGUGAUGUUCCUGGGGGUCAAAGAGAAAGAUGAUCCGUACACCCCGAGGACAGAGAAGCAGAUCCCGUUCCACCAGGGCUUCAUCCUGGUGAUGAGACACGGGCCAUACCUCACUCUAACUGCCGCAUUCCUCUUCAUCACUGUCGCCAUUCAGCUGGUCCAGAGCAACUUUGUCCUCUUCUGCACUUACGCCGCCGACCUGAGGGAUCACUUCCAGAAUAUUGUGCUGACCAUCCUGGUUUCUGCAGUGAUAAGCAUCCCGUUGUGGCAAUGGUUUCUGCAGAGGUUUGGGAAGAAGACGGCAGCUUUUUGCGGUAUCACAUGGAUCAUGCCCUUCACCAUGAUGCUGGUCUUCAUCCCCAAUGUUGUGGUGGCCUACGUUGUGGCUGUCUCCUCUGGACUCAGCGUGGCGGCCUCGCUCCUGCUGCCAUGGUCCAUGCUGCCAGAUGUGGUGGAUGACUUCCGACUGGUUAACCCCUACUGCAAAGGCCACGAGGCCAUCUUCUACUCCUUCUACGUGUUUUUCACUAAGUUCGCUGCAGGCAUCUCCCUGGGGGUGUCCACCCUCUGCCUGGAAUUUGCAGGGUAUGACACCGGCGCCUGCAAGCAGCCUGCUCCUGUAGUGUACACCCUGAAGCUGCUGAUUGGUGCUGCCCCAGUGGCCUUCAUCGUCACGGGGUUAAUGAUCCUACUGCUCUAUCCUAUCACCGAAGACGUACGGCUCAGGAACAGACUCUGCCUGGAUGAGCUACGGAAACAAAGCAUCAGCUCCAAAACUAUGGAAGAUUUGAGUCACGUGUGACCUGGAUCUGGGUUGGAGUGAAUUCCCAAAGCCACGGAUUCCAGCCACGCCGCUGGAAAGUUGUUCAUUAGUGUAUAUUACACUGAUAGUUAAAUUGUUUUACUGUAAACAUUUUUGUUUCAUUUUCACAUGUACUGUGCAGUCAUCUUGGACAUAUAAAUAUAUAAUAAGAUUACCUAAUUUAUA